AAUCCCAUCACACACACACACACACACAGUCUGUACAUAGGAUUGAACAUGUUUUAUCCCACUCAGGAUUGGGGCAUGUCCAUUGUAUUAUAUUUGAAAUGUUAUGGACAUACAUAUUUUAAUAAGAUAUAUAUUUUUGAUGCUGUCGGAUGUUGGUGACCAAACGUAACCAAACACCACACCUACUGACCACGAGCCUCAGAACCCAUUAAUAAAAGAAUAACUAUUAAACUAACUUAAUAAAAUAUAACCUAGAGUUGAGUAGAAAUGUAAUUUCCUUGAGGGGCAAUUUGGCUUCCAGACAGCAGGCAAUGAAUAAUAAAUAUUAAAUACAGUACAGCAAUGAAUAUAAGCAACAAUUAACACAAACACAAUUACCCAGGUUAAUGCCACCGUCACUGUUGUCAUCGUCUAGAAAAAGCAGCGAAAAGAAACCAGGGGACAGCCCUGUCACAUCCACAGCUGGUAUGCUGCUGUUUAGUUUAAAAAGCCAACAGCUGAUGGAACAAAAUCCCCAUAUACCUGUUAAUGCCACCUCUGGGGAGGUUAGCUCUCCAUCCUGAUGGAAGCAAACUAAACUUAGUGGGACUGGGAGUCCAGGUAAAUCACCUAAGCUUUUUGUGUAGCUCUGACUUAAUACAAUUGACAAAUAUUAUUUAAAUUUAUACCAGUGGCUUAACAGGACACAGUCACAUUUCUUUAGUACAUUUUUGGCUUUUAGACAGAUUACUAAACCAACACAUCAUAUUACAUAUAUAUAUUUUUUCUCCCUUAGUUUUUAUAACAUUUUGAAUUUAGCAAUGAACAUGAGAUGCAGAACAAGAACAGGAUUACUAGGAUGAAGUCAUCAGUUAAACACAGACACAUACACAGGUCCAGUUAAUCACACAGGGAUUUAGGCACCGUCGCCCCUUAGUGUUGAAAACAAAAAGAAGAGAAGGAACAUUAAUCAGUGUUUGUUUCCUGACAGUAACAAUUUCAUUCGGUAUUUUUCCCCCUUGUCUGUCUAUAGUCAGUGGUUGUAAGUCAUCUUUUGCAUGGAGCGUAGUUAACAGUGUCUGUGCAACAGUGCAAAAUUGAGAUUUUUCUGUCAUUGUGGUACCCAGCAGCUCAUAUAUAGUAGCUGUGUUGCAUUUCGUUGACAAACAUUCAGUUUUCCAUGCAAAUGGUUACUAACAAAGAGGGAUCCUGGGUUAAGGUGGACGGAUGACCUACAACAUAGUUCUUCAUCCACAUCAAUUAUUUUCGAUAUGUGUGAUUCCACAGGUAGGUUUUCAAAAAUGUUGUUGUAUCUACAUUAAGUAAAGAUGAUUUAUAAAACAACAGUGCUGUUGAUGCCUCUGAUUUUUACCUUUUGUUCUGUUUGUAACGUUAUUGUUGAUUGAUAAAUGAUUUUACUGUUGAUUGUCAUGAGCUGCAGUAGUAGACAUCAGGAGGUUGGGUCUUAGUUGUAUAAAAUCAGUAUUUUCAUUAUUGUACAAUGAUGUUCUGUUUUUACUCUUGACAUUAACUGAAUUGACUUAGUUAAAUUCAGUUGUCACUAACAUCACAAAUUAAUAUUUUAGAUUUGUACAGGAUUGAAAUUGUUCUUUGCAAAUAUAAAUCUGAUAGUGAUCCCAGAGAGAUUAUGUAAUCCAUGAAUUUUUUUGGUUAAGAUUGUUAAAACAGUGGUUUCUGUUAAGUUUCUUAUAGAUAAGUGUUGCUUGUCCUAUUAAAACUGAAAUUAUAAAUGAGAUCAGAUGCUGUUACAGCCAACUAUAUUAAAACCUCAAACAUUUAACUUGUUAUUGGGUCAUGCCUGUAAGUGAUGUAGAAAGAUGAUUAUGUUGUGGCAUGAUCAUUAUUUGUUUCUGAUUUUUUUAUUUAUUUUUUUGGUCCAUUUGUAGUGAAAUAGAACAAGAAUAAACAACUUUUAUUGUGCUAUAUUUGUUAUCAAACACAAGGUAUAAAAUACAAAGUUUUGUGGGCAACAACCGAUCUUCGUGAAGGUUAUUGAUCCCCGUUGUGAUCACUAACUUAUCCGUCUUAUGUUUGUUUACUUUAAUCAAUAGGCAUUUCAUCCACAUUUGGACUACCUCUUUGAAUCAAAGCAAAUUGAUUUGAUGCUUUGAGGGUGGAAAAAGUGUGUUUGUAGCAGCAAGGUUGGGUGCCAGUGAGGAGGGGAGCGUUGCUUUUCUCUGCCAUGCCCAAGGCUGUUCAUUAUCAACACGAGGGAAGGUAAUCAUUGUAGUGAUCCAGUUUUAACAGGGCUGAUUGUGGCCAAUUUGGGGAAUGAAUACUCGGCGUCUCUAUUCUUCACUUUCUGGCCUUGUUCUUCUUUAGCCCAGUUUGUGGCCCACUUCUGUUUCUAGAAGGACAAUCGAUUUUGGGGCAAUAGUAAUUUUUCCUUUUGAAAAUCUGUCAAGUUUGCAAAUCCCUUUUAAGAAAUGUCUUUGUCUAGAUUUCCUCCUUCAAUAUGGUCAGGUGUUUACUUGUAUCCGUUUAAGCAUAUAAACCUAAAUUAAUCUCAUUAUUCACUGUAAGUGUUUUCUUACAGCUUUGGAACAUUAAUAUCUGCUUUACAGAUUAAAGAUGAUGUCUCUUUGUCGAGUUAAUUGAAGGAGAAUCGCUUCAUUUAAGGUUUGAACGUGCCCUACAUUACAACCUUAUGGCCUAGAUUGCAGUCAGUACUAAUCAUGACUGUUUUCCAGAGACACUGGAAUCUAAUAAUGUGGCUUCAGACUGAUGGAGAGCCUGGAGCUACUGUACUGACAGAGAGCAUCAGAUCCGCGCUGUUGACCCAUAAUCUGAUAACGUUGUCUAUUGGAUCUAAAUAACUUCUUUUUAGUUUAGAAAAUGUUCCCAGGAUUCCUUUGAGUUUGGUUACCUACACUGAUUUUAACCCUUGAGUUUUUUCACAUUGUUUGGGCUCCCACAUACUCUAAUGCUGUGUAAAUAAUAAUGAUAAUUUAAAAAUCAACAAUUUUCAAAGAAAAGAAUUCUGUCACACAAAUAUGAAGUGUAUUUUUUCUUGCUUUUCUCACAUUUUUGCUUUGUUUCUUGUGAAAUACUUGACAUUUUUCCAUCUUUAGGCCUCUAAAAAUCCUUCAAAUGAAACAAUCUGAGAAAACAAAUACCCUUUGUUGGUUCAGCUGCUCCACAACCUGUAUGAGGGGUCACAAGUAGACUUUGAUUAAAAGGCUAAAAAGGUUGGGAACCACUGCUAAAAAGCAUUGUUAUCAAACCAAAUACGGAAAUAUUUCAUGUUUUAUGUGUUAUAUGGGCUAUGCAUGUGCACAUAUAUAUAUAUAUAUAUAUACACCUCUGAUGAACAAAAUGUUAUAAAACUGCAGUAACAGAAAUGCUAAUAGACUAAUUUGGGAUCUGGUACGUAUAGCCUUGUGUAAGUACAGUCCACACCAAUCAUAUCUACAGAGCAUAUGAAUGUCAAUGUUUUACAGCUGGGGUCUCUGAGACUGUAACAGCUAAUGUGUCAUUUUCUUUAGUAGACUUCAGAAACAUCUCGUAAAAUUGGGAGAAGUCAUGAAGUUUCAAGAUAAUAAUAAACCGGUGUUGAUGAUAAUCGUGAUAUUUAAAUAGGAAAUAUUGAUAUCAUGUUAAUAAUACACAUGAUAAUGUCUCAUAAAUAAUCCUGCACCUGUUAAAUCAUUUACUUUUCUUUCCGUUCUUGCUUAGUCAUAGUAGGUAGAGGUAAUGCACCUUAAUGCUGGUUGCCACCCGCCAUAAAACGUAAAAAAGAUGCAGUAACUAGCUAGCUUUUAGCUAGCUAGCUAACUUUUUUCAAUUUUUUUUAUAGAUAUUGCAAUGAUAUCUUUAUUGUGAAUUAUUUUGGCCAUGAUAAUUGUGUAGUAAAACUCUGAUGUAUAAAAAAAACAUUUGUUUCUGCCCAUUGUUAUGUUAAAUAGUGAAGUGAUGUCAGAUUACAUCUGUUUUUGUUUUGUUUGAAUUCUGGGAUUUUUUGGAUUCUUUUGGACUAUAUUUAGGAUUUUAAAGUUGUUGUUUUUUUUUUGUUUAAAUAUGUAUGUUUAACACUAAAAUACAUGAAUGUUAUCUAAGAGUGGCUUUUUGUUUUUAGCUGUUGUAUCAGUUUAAAAACCGGUCUGUGGCAGAGGAAUGUAGGGAAGUAGGAAAUAUUAGCAUAAAUAUUCAAUAGUCAAUAUUUUACACUUUUAUUCAAGACAAGCUUCUGAGGGAUGUUUAUGUAAGCCACAAUUAUCAAGGCAGAAUUAUCUUGUUUCUGCUAAUAGACAACAGUGAUUUGUAGACUGUUUCAGCACAGAAUAACAUGUUAAGUGACAAUUCUGCUCUUUUUCUAACGCAGUUUGGUGUCAGUAAUCAAACUAGAAUUGUCCACUCCGCUGGCUUCCCGCAAAUCUCUUGAAACAAGCUGAUCCCCAAAGCAAACAACUAUUCUUACCUAUUAAUCAUACCUUUUCAUUGUUUUAGGGUAAAUCUGAUGAAUGGAUGGAUCAAUGCGGUAAAAAAAAAAAAAAAAAAUAGGUAGGCCUAUUUUUUGCAGCGUAUUGGCGCCGCCUCCGUUCUGCGCGUAAAGACGCAUUAAGAAGUGGCACAGCAACUGAUAAUCCAGACAGGAGGUGCUUUUGGUUACAGCACAGCCUUUCAUUGAUGGUGAGGAGAGAAGGACAGCUGUGGGAUCAGCUGCGCUUGUUUUGUUUUGAACUAAUUCCUCUCUUCUUUUUUUAACUAACUGAUUUUUUGCUCCUCGCAGAUCACGUUUUUCCAUUUGCGCGCAUUGGUCGCAGACUUAAAAGUUUUCAGUGACUUCUAACAAGCUUGUGUUGACAUGGUUUCUGUCUUCCGGAGGCGGAGGUUAUUAAUGAGAUAUUUCUCUCCGCUGCAUCACCUGAGGACAGUUGGACAGUGAGCCGUAGGGCGUGUGGAGGCUGAAUGGACAACAUGUCUCCGCAACAGCAUCAGGACAGCCUCAGCCGAGGCGGUGGACAGCAAGAAAACAAACGGCGGAUGAAGUCUCAGAGUUAUCGGCGCCAGUCCGCCCCAUCUCUGGUCAUCUCCAAGGCUCUCACCAGGUCCAAGACUCUUUCCAGAGAGAGCGUCCUGGUUCCCGUGUGCCCAGAGACCUGCCCGCUGGUCCAGUCCUGCCUCACCGGCUCUGAUAGGUCGUUUCUUCUGCACGGACAUGCUCAGUUGAAGACCGGGAUGCAGACUCAGGACAGACACCUUUUCCUGUUCAACGACAUACUGGUGAUUGCCAAAGCCAAAUCAGCCAACCACUUCAAGCAGAAGGCCCAGGUGUGUGUACGUGAGAUGUGGACGGCAGGCUGCAUGGACGAGGUGUGUGAGGGAAGCACGAACCCAGAGAGGAGCUUCGUCAUGGGCUGGCCUACCUGUAACUGUGUCGCUACGUUUAGCUCUGCAGAACUGAAAGAGAGAUGGCUUUCGCUCCUCAAAAGUCAGAUAAAAGAAGAGAAAGAAAGGGAAGAACCUAAAACCAUUCCUCUGAGAGUGUACGGGAAGGGAAUCAACACUUUUGCAGUUACCAAGACGCUUCCUGUCAGCAACUCAGAUUCAACCAAUGAGGUGAUCCGGCUGGCCCUGCAGCAGUUUAGCAUCAUCGGAAAUGUGAAAGACUUCCAGCUGUGGGUCAUCUCCAAGAGGGACAACACCCCCUAUCCUCUAAUUGGUCAUGAGUUUCCCUUCAGUAUCCAGAUGAGUCAUGUGAGACCCACCAUGUCUCAGGGAGGCAGCGGCUUCAGGGACGCUGCUGCACCUCCUGCGGACAGACAGAGGGCCAUGCAGGUGGAGCACCUGCAGGUGUACAAGCAAUGCCAGUUCAUCAUGAAGCCUCGACCCGUUGAAACACUGCAUGUAUCUGCAGAGUUGUCUCAGAAGCCAUUUAAAAGGAGGCGUUCCCUCAUCACCUGGGCCUUCUGGCGAGGCUCCUCCUCUCACCUGAAUGAAUUGUCCCUCGCCUGUGCGGCCCGCGGCUGCUUGUUCGGCCAGCCGCUCAGCUGUGUUUGUGUAGAGGACGCUCUGCCAAAGCCAGUCAUGGACAUGCUGGCGUUUCUAUACCACGAGGGUUCAUGGACGCGGGGCAUUUUCCGUCGGCCGGCAGGGGCUCGGGCUGUCAGAGAGCUGCGGGACUCUCUGGAUGCCGGAGAGUUUCAACUUCCUCUGUCAAAAGACCACGUCUUUAUCAUUGCCGGAGUCUUUAAGGAUUUCUUGCGCAGCAUCCCAGGCAGCUUGUUGUGUUGUGAGCUGUAUGAAGAAUGGAUGGAUGUGCUGGAGGAAGAGGAGGAGGAAGAAGAACACGUGCAGGACAUACAGAGGAUGAUUGGUCGUCUGCCCAAAGAAAACGCCCUGCUGCUACGCUACCUGUUGGCCAUGCUGCUCGGUGUCGAGAGCAACGCCCAAGAGAAUCAGAUGACGAGUUUCAAUUUAUCUGUGUGCAUCGCUCCCAGCAUGCUUUGGCCUCCUGGAGCACCUGGUAGCCCUGAGGUGGAGGGAGAAGGAACUAAGAAGGUUUGUGAGCUGGUGAAGUUUAUGAUCGAACACUGUGAGCAGAUUCUGGGAGAGGAGCCCUCCUCCCUGUUCGGAGGGCCACCACAAAGACUCAACACUGAUGAGAUGGGAUCAGACUCCUGGCCGUACCCUCUGACAGACUCGUCCUACGACAGUCUAGAGAACGAGUUGGACAACAGCAGCGGUGGGUCACCAGGCUUCUGCAGCAGAAGGCACCUUAGACCCAAACCACUCCAAGGCAGCCUGGACUCCAUCCUCACAUUCAGCGACUACGACCAGGACACAGACCCAGAUAUACACCGGUCCCAAACUGAGAGUCCACGUGGUCUGUCACACCCACUGGGGAGAACCAGAGGCAGGAGACAGGAUCCAGACCUCUCCUGCCCCAGCCAGGACGCGCUGACUGUGGACACCUCCACCCUGGACUCGCUGUCCCUGGAUGGUCGGCGCAGACAGCGGCGGUGUUCCGAGCCAGCUAUAGCAUACGUGGCCAAGUUUCGGCCGUACGUUUCAGUGAGUACCGACGGUCUCACUGGUGAGGAUGAAGAGCUUUCCAACAGCCACACACUCACUCACACACACUCCAGAGGUCAGACCAGAAGGGGUGGAGGUGAGUCCACGUUAAACCUGCAUGGUGUGAGGUCAGCAGGCCUGGAAACGAGCUCCUCCAGCCUCUCCUCUAACCCCACCUCCCCUGCACCAACCCCCACCUCUCUGGACUCUCUUGACUCCCUGCACUCCCUCAGCAGUGACUACACCUGGGCGACCAGACGGGGGCUUUACCCAACCAAGACACAUCUGCCCUCCAACUCUUCCUCUUUAUCUGUUUCCUCCCCUGUCCCCUCUACACCCUCUUCCAUAAGCUCUACUCUGACCUCCGGUGGACAUCCAGACCUGGGGACUUGUCCAAAAGGCUCCCCACCCAAAGAACCACUUAACUGGGGGACCUUAAAAGGCUGCAUAGGCCUCCACCCAAACUCUUGGCUGAAGAAAGGCCGGAGGCUGUCACUAACCCAACAAGACAACUUGUAGAAGGAAGAAGAGGACAAGACUAGGGGGGGACCCACUGAGAAGUCGCUCACACUUGGGAAACUCGUCCCAGAGAAAGGAAAAGCACGCGAAAGGGGAGGAGGAAAGCUGAUCUCCAGCAGCCAACCCAAGCCCAAAACAUCCUGCAGAGCCUCAAAAGAUGCAGCAGGAGGAGGAGGGGGCCAUCUAAGGGGGAGGUCUGGCCAGGAGCCCCAACAUCUUAAGCAGGACUUAUCCAGCCCCCCUUCCCACCACCGCUCUACAGGGAGUCUCCAAUUUCCCAAGUCCUGGUUCCAUUCCUCAGACCCCCCGCUAACCACCAGGCAGCUCAGCCAUGCUGCCAACACCGGAGGUGGCAUCACCAACCGCAGGCGCUCAGCAGAAAGUGAAGUGAAUGAGCUGAAACUGCCAUCGCCAUCUUUAUUUUACAAGCAGAGGGGGCCAUCUCUGUCCCUGUUCAAGCAAAACAAGUCUCACUCCGUGGAGGAGGAAUGCAACGCCAGGCUCUACCAGCGCCGCGGGUCAGAACCCGGCUGGCAGGUUGUGGACCGAACCUCCACCCUCACACGGGCAAGGCUGCCCAGCGACCCAGGAUUGAAGGUUACUGAGGUGGAUUCACAAGGAGGGACAUCAGAGGCCCGUUUCUGCCUCUCCCCCUUAGCCACCAAAGCAGUGAGGGAGUACUUCUCCUCUCACCCGUGCAGUAACCCCCAGAGCAGCCAGCAGGUGGCGCUCGCCCUCGUGGAGAGUCAUAGGGAAUGGCUAAAGAGAUGCAGUGAUCCCACAGCAGAACCAGACUUCGACCAGCUUCUGUUUGCUGAAGAAUCCUAUGUCUGAUUCUGACUGUAACCUGGAGCAAAACUGGAUUAGAAAGAUGCAACACACACAUCACUUAGCUACAAUGGACACUAGAAAUACAUGAUUUCACUGCUUUUAACCUAUUAAUAAAACUUAGUUAUUAUACUCGCCACCUUAAUUACUGCAUUUUCUUCUUUCAUUAGACCUUAACGCAUUGGCUUCUACCAUGCAAUACAUUGUGAUCCAUUUUGCCUGAGUCUGUAACAGGACUUGAAAUGAAAUAGGUUUGCUGUAGUAGAACAAACAGGGAGAAAACUAGUUUCUCAUGCGACUAGAUACAAUUUUAUUUUAAAAACACAUUAAGUAUAUUUUUAACUUUGCCUAGAGCUUAUUGCCAUUAAGGGAAUGUAUACAUUUUUGCUUGAAUGUCCUCAAGGCUGGAUUUACACAUGUGGAAGGAAUAUUACUUUGUAACCUUACUUACAUUGAAAUAAUACGUUUAUCACAGUCUCAAGAGAUGGAUUGUCUUAGUUUCAUUAUGUAUUUGAUACCAAGUUGUAUCUGAUUUUCACCCAUGGGUUUUGUUUAAGGAAUGUCACUUUUUCCUUCAGGCCAAAAUUAAGACCUGCCAAUAAAGCUACCUGGUGUUGCCUUCUUUCAUCAUGAACAAAUAUAAUCUCACUCAUUACUGACAGGUCAUUGGAUAGCUAACUUUUUUUUGUUUUUUAGAUUUAUCGUCAAGAUUUCUGCCCUCAGAGCUGCAUUAUGUUUGGACAUAAAUCUGCUUUAUGCUACAUACUGUAAAAGGUACAAUAAGGACAGAUUUUGGGCAAUAUAUUUCAACUCCUACAAAGCAUGUUCAUCUGAAGUUGUUUUGCAUAUUUGGUGGGAUGUAACAUAAGCAGCUUAAUAUAGCCAACCACAGUCCUACACAACUUUUUACAAUGCUAUAUGAGCGUCACUGUUUUUCUGCAUUGGUACUUGAUUUAAAAAAAAGUAAUGCACAAUAUUUGCAUUUGAACAUUAAUAGGAGACAUUAUGGGAUAUAAUUAGAAAAUGUUUGUUUGUUUUUUUACUUUGCCUGUAGUGUAAAUGCAGCCUGAGUACACACUGUGACUAGAACUGUACUUUGCUUUUGUCCCCAAGUCUGCGUCAGAGUAGUCCUUUCAUAACAGAACAAAAAAAUCUUAAUGGCUUAUACAGUCAUGAUUAUAGUUAAGUUUCAGACAACAUCACUGCAUGUAACUGUUAGCAUCUUAACUUAAAUAAGUUUCAAAUUUACACAAAUUGAGUUUUGUAGAUUAAGGUCAUGUGAUUAUUCACUAUUUACACUGUUCAUGCACAUUCAUUAACUUCCUUAAAAAUGUCUGUGCUUUUUGUCAGCUGUAGGGGUGUUAGCGGUACAAGUAUUGGUACAGGACGUUCGGUGUGCGACUUCCUCGGAUCGGUACGCCCUGUGCCCCAAACUAUUCCUGUCAAAGUAGUCUAUUAAUGUCUACAACUCGCACCCGCGGAACAGACAUUCUAGAGUGGGAGUUUUACCCGGAACGUUUUGACAGAGCACAGAGAUAUCAAACAUACCAAGUCGGGUAUGUCUGGAAACAGUUCAAACGUCAUUUACGACGGCGUCUCCUGAAUGCGCGGAUGAGCGGAACGAGACAAAAACAGACUGGAAGGCGAGUCCUUCGCCUCACACUGCAGAUUCAAACUGUGCCAAAUCAGUAACUAAUGCUAUAGGAGUAUUUAUCGCUGCAGAAGUGCCACCAGACUGUCGUAGAGAAUACAGAAUUUAAGCAUAUGGUCAAAAUGCUUGAGCCCGCUACAGUGUGCCUUCACGUGUGCAUUUCAGUCCGUCCGUUGUGCCUGCCCUGUAUAAACCCUGCAGCUGGUCAGGAGUUGACAGUCUUCAUUCGGUUUUACGAUGGAGCGUUACUGAUACGUGUUAUUUUGUCUUACUGACAAUAUGACCGUAUUUGAGUGCAUUCUGUUACAGUAAGAAUCGCGGCUAACAUUUUUCAAAAUAAAAUUACAAAAAUAUAAUUGUUUUCCCUGCUGUACCGAACCGGGAAUUUAGUGUACCGUUACACCCUUAGUCAACUGUACUGGAAUAUCAUUAUCUGACUUUUCUAGACGACACUUACGUUUUGUUGGCUGCAGCGAGUCUUUGUUCUUUUAAAUAUUUGGUCAUAAAAGCAAACUGCUCUGUAAGUCUUUUCCCAACACAUUUCAAACACUUCUCAGCAUUAGCACUUACAUGUGUUCCAGUACAUACAUGAAGUAGCACAAUUUGUAGAUUUAUAGGUAUGAUCCUUGUUUUCCAUUUGUUGCCAAUAAUUUGGUUUUCACACAAGCCUGUAUUGAUUUGAAUUAAUCACAUGUAUCCUGUCCCAAUGUUUCUAUUCUGUAAAUAUGAUCCCUCAAGGGGAACAUUGUUGUCCAGUUUUUAAAAGCUUUAUAUUUUUUGCAGCUUAAAACUUGAAGUAGGCUACAAGACUGUUGCUUUAUUAUAUUUUCUAUGCCUCCUUUCUAUAUACAUGUAUUCAUACGCUGUGUUAAUAAGCCUGAAUAAAUCUGCAUUUGCAAAUAAAAUGACCUAUGAGUGAAAAUCUGA